AUGUAAGUUAAAUAGAUAGUAAAUGGGAAAUAUGAAUGCCCCUAAGUAGUAGUAGAAUUCUAUAUAAGGCCGUUGAAGCAGAAGCUUUUAAGAUCCAGCUUUGUGGUGAAGAAGAAAUUGAAAGAAUGGCUUCUAAACCUGGCAUUCUCUCUGAGUGGCCGUGGGCACGGCUUGGUAACUUAAAGUACUUGGUGUUGGCACCAUUUGCGUGUCACAGCAUAUACACAUUCUUCAUGAGCAAAGAUCAAAGAGAGAGGGACAUGUUCUACAUACUCGUACUCCCAUUUACUCUCUUCAGAAUGGUUCACAACCAGAUAUGGAUAUCUGUAUCCCGUUAUGUUACUGCAAAGGGUACUAAUCGAAUUGUUGAUAGAAGUAUUGAAUUUGAUCAAGUUGACAGAGAAAGCAACUGGGAUGAUCAGAUCAUACUUCUUGGUUUGCUACACUAUAUCGGAUACCUGAUGCUGGAACAAGCUCAUCACAUGCCUAUGUGGAGGACUGAUGGAAUCAUAAUAACCAUCUUGAUUCAUAUUGGUCCUGUGGAGUUCUUCUAUUAUUGGCUUCACAGAGCUCUGCACCACCAUUUUCUCUACUCUCGUUACCAUUCCCAUCACCACUCCUCCAUUGCUACUGAGCCCAUCACUUCCGUUAUUCAUCCAUUUGCUGAGAUCCUAGCAUAUUUCGCGCUCUUUGCCCUACCAGUUUUCACAACUCUGUUCACUGGGACUGCCUGUAUAGCUUCAUUUGGUGCUUACACUACAUAUAUUGAUUUCAUGAACAACAUGGGCCAUUGCAACUUUGAGCUCAUUCCUAGGUGGAUGUUCUCUGUGUUCCCCCCUCUCAAGUACUUGAUGUAUACACCCUCGUACCACUCACUACAUCACACUCAAUUCAGGACAAAUUAUUCACUUUUCUUGCCAAUGUAUGACUAUAUCUAUGAUACAGUGGACAAGUCAUCAGACGCGUUGUAUGAAAAGUCACUUGAGAGAGAAGCUGAAGUGCCUGAUGUGGUGCACCUUACACAUCUAACAACCCUGGAAUCCAUCUACCAUCUUCGACUAGGGCUUGCAUCACUGACCUCGAAGCCUCACACCUCUAAGUGGUACUUCUGGUUAAUGUGGCCCGUCACACUAUGGUCAAUAAUGAUUACAUGGAUAUAUUGUCACGCAUUUGUUGUCCAGAGAAAUUUGUUCAAGAAUCUCAAAUUACAAACUUGGGUUAUUCCAAAAUUUCGCGUACAUUACUUUAUGCAAUGGCAAAGAGAGACUAUUAACAAUUUGAUUGAGGAAGCCAUCAUCGAAGCAGAUCAAAAAGGCAUACAAGUAUUGAGCCUUGGACUCUUAAAUCAGGCAAAGCAGCUGAACAGUAAUGGUGAACUUUACAUAAGAAAGCAUCCUCACCUAAAAGUGAAGGUGGUAGAUGGAAGUAGCUUAGCUGUUGCUGUGGUCAUAAACUCCAUUCCUAAAGGAACUUCCCAAGUUGUCCUUCGAGGCCGUUUGUCCAAAGUUGCUAACUCCAUUGCCCGUGCCUUGUGCCAACGAGGAAUUCAGGUCGUCACGUUAGACGAAGAAGAGUACAAGAGACUUAAAGCAACGCUUACUCCUGAGGCUGGAACUAAUUUGGUCCUCUCGAAAUCUUGUAAUGUUUCAAAGACAUGGCUAGUAGGGGACGGAUUGAGUGAAGAUGAGCAAUUGAAAGCACCAAAAGGAACAUUAUUCAUUCCUUAUUCACAAUUCCCACCAAGGAAAGCUCGCAAGGACUGUUUCUACUUCAGCACACCAGCCAUGGUUGCUCCAAAGCAUCUUGAAAAUGUAGAUUCUUGUGAGAACUGGCUACCAAGAAGGAUGAUGAGUGCAUGGAGAAUAGCCGGGAUUUUGCCUGCAUUGGAAGGUUGGAAUGAGAAUGAGUGUGGUAACAUGAUGUCCGAUAUUGAGGAAGUGUGGAAAGCCAGUCAUGAUCAUGGUUUUUGCCCAUUAAUCAUGCCUUCUGCUACUGAAUCAAAGGCUUAACGAUAUAUAUAGUUUCCAUCAUGAACAUAUCUUGAAUCACUGGUGACAUACGAGUUUGUCGUCCUAUCCUUCAAACUCAAUAAUGGAAAUAGGGAAGAACUUUCUAUUUGAAACAUAAAUGCUAAAAUACAGCCAAUAAGA